CCGUACUCGUAACGAUGCAUAAGUCUGUGUUGCAAUGCAUUUGUCUGCAAGAACGCAUGAGCCUGGCCUUGCGUGUGUCCGACAGACUCUGAGUCGUCACUCCACAAAGUGUGCCCUGAUGCCAGCGUCCAUCAGCCCGAUGGAGGAUGCAAUGCCAAACCCGCCCCUCUCUCUAUUCCGCUAUACAGCCAGCUAACCCAUACGCUUCUUCCUCAUCACACACAGCGCACAUUCCACUACCAGACCACUGCCUCCCAUUCCCCCGCUGCACAAGACAAGGCCCGCACCAUCCAUCAACCAUCCAUCAGAACCUCAUCUUGAUGCCGAGGUCCGUCUGCGCCACCCACUCAGCGAUCUGCCGCCCAUACAGCUCCUCACACAGCAUCUCAGCCUCUAACACCUGCGCGGCGGGGAACAUACGGAGAAGGGAGUUGAGCUCCCUCUCUGACGCACGGAGGGCCUGCGCGGUGAACUGGACCUUCUCUGGCGUCAUAGUCUUGAGCGCCACGCGACUCUGUGGGAUGGUCUUGCUCACCUGCCAUGCAGCAAGCACAGGACAUGGGAAUGGCGCGUGUGUUGUCUGUCUUUCUGUCUUGUGUGUGGUGGGGUGCUGUGCUGACAUGACACUGACUUUGUUCCAUCCGUCGUACUCUAUGGCCUGCGCCAGAUACUCGAGGGCGUCUCUCCCAUGCUCGACGCCCUUCGCCCGAACGUUCCUCGGCAGAGCGCUCUCGGCCUCGUCGACGUUCUGCCUGAAGCCGUACUCCUUGAAGAGCUCCUUCACUCUAAGGGCCAGUGUUGACACAUCCUGCCGCUCCGCCUUGGCCACCAACUGCCGAAUACACUCCCUGCAGACACAGCAGAGCAGAGCCGAUAUGCAAUGAGUGACUGCAAUGAACACUGGCUCGUUGACAGUCACUGCAGUACCUGAUGCGCACCAGGUUCACCAGCGUCCGCCUGAGGUCCUCCGCGGCUUGUGCCAGCGGUGGAUCUGCCAGCAGCAGGAGGGCCGACACGAGGCUGCAGGAAACAAGAUCACCACCCACAUGAUACCGCCUCCGGGCAAGCACCCAAGAUGAUUCGUCGCUUGAGCUGGUCAGCGCCGUCAGUGCCGUGUCAGCCGCCUUUGCAGCGAUGGGUGGGGUCGUCGGAAUCCGAUGCAGCUUCCAGAAGCUGUGCAGGGUGCAGCCGUGCACAUGGUGUUGCGGCGGGAUGAAGAGUGGCUGAUAGUUUGAAGAUGCGGCGAUGGAGAGCAUCAUGGCCAUGCGUAGCACAACCGCUAGCAUUGAUGUCGU